AUGAGCCUCGAUCAGAACCUGUUCACCUUGGCCUUGACGCCCAACUCAUCUGAUCCAAGUAUUACUGACCUUGUGGAUCCUUCUGGAGUAGUACACUAUUCGAAAGUGCGCGUGCCUGGAGCCGCAUAUAGGAUCGAGGUGUAUGAUCCUAUCUCACAGUCUUUACUGGCUACUGCAACUGCACCAAGUGCUACAAGCAAGCACAAGACCGUAGAAUUGUAUAAUCCUACCCAGAUAGUGGAGUUGAAGCACACUGGAACCCUAUCAUUCCGCUGGAGUUUCAAGUGGGAAGACCAUGAAUUCGAAUGGAAGCGCGAAGAGUGCUAUAUGAUUCGAAAACCGGACCCGCCAGUCCUGGUGACGGUCACGAAAGAGCCGCGAGGGCGGAUCCAGACAUCAUCUGUACAGAUGCUUGACUAUAACCUAAACCGCUUCCAAGUUGACGAUCGCAAAGGCCUCGAAAUUGUCAUUCUGACAGCACUUCUCACUUUCCAAGACUCAAGUGAUGCAUAUCACCGAUCACCUUCGGCCAGCGAGUCCGUGACGCCUAGUACGUCGUCAACCGCUACCCCUGCUUCAAAACCAUCGCCUUCGUCUUCUCCAGCGCCUAAGCGGCCUCCCAAGCCGGCGCCGAAGACUGGCGUGGAGAGAAUUUCGGAGCUUCAAGCAGGAUCAGGGGAAGUGAACGUAAUAACAGUUGGGAGCGAGGGGAAGGUAUCUGAUUACGCCACAUACUGUUCCAGUCUUCUCCAGGAUGAUGCCAUGCUCUUCGUCACGGUUCGUUCCUCUGACUCUGAUCAUGUCCCUAAGGUUCUUCAAGUUGUGGAAGAAACCAAACGCGCGAGACAUAAAGCCGGUAUCGACAAAGAGCUACAUCAGUAUGUUGUUUAUGACUCGGCGCUGCCGACGCAGAAAGGCACCCGCGUUAUCAAACUAGAUGACGAGCCAAAAGACAAAUCGAAGUUUUCAGGCUAUACCCCGCCUUCAAGUGUCGCAAUACACCUGAGCAAGAUUGACAUCCCCGAGCUACAGCCGCGCUCAAAGUACGAUUCCAGGCCCUCCAUGCCUUCUGGGUCAACCGUCCCGCCUCCGAACGAAACGAAAAAGGAGCGUAAGGAACGCGAAAAGAGAGAGAAGGAACAGGAGAAGAAGCUAAAAAAGGGCAAAGGUCGGUACCUUUCCUUCUAA